AACAGUGUCCAUUAGAGAGGUUACACAGAGAGGUAUUUGGAGAGAGAAAGAGAAAGAGCGCGCGUCGUUUUCGUUUUUCUCGAGUUUUUAUUUUGGUGCCAAAUCAUUUGGAUUUUCCCUCUUCUUUCAAAUUUUUCUCUUCACUUUUAAACUUUUUCAUCUUCCCUCUUCUUUUUCGUCUUCACAAAACCCUUUUCCCGAAACCAAUUUCGCUAUUUUUCUUCUCAUAAUUUUAAAACUAAUUUUUCUCUCAAAAAUCUCGCGUCUUCGAAACUCAACGAUUUCCGUUCUCUGAUUUAAGCCGUUUAUUUUUUUAGGUUUUUUCUACCGUUGUUUUAAACCCUAAUUUGAAACUUCCAUUCAAACUUCAAUGUCUUGCUCAAGUUCUCCUUCUAGAGCGAGUUCACUUUCGGAAUCACUCGAAGUCGAUCGAGUGAAUCCUAUGUUGACUGAUCUUGGCGGAGGUUCCGUUCGGUCCCGUGUUCCGGUUAACUCUUCUGAUGAACAGGCAACGCAAGACAAAAUUAUGGCGGCACUUUUCAAUAUCCUACCCGAGGAGGAGGAUCUUGAUCAGCCAGCCUCUUAUGAGAUAUACAACGGCGAUUCGGAAUUUAUUUUGCCGGAGGACUUGGAUCCUGACUGUCAACCUCUCAAUUCGGCCUCGCCUGCUGAUGAUUUGCUGCCGGAACCAUGGUUUUCCGAGGAUGCUCUCGAUGAUAGCUGGUCGUAUGAUGAUGAACCGUCAAAGGAUGACGUUUAUGACUCUGAUUCUAAAGCUGCACCGUCGAUGAUUGGAGCUGGGCUGGCCAACCUUGGGAACACUUGCUUUCUGAACUCGAUUACGCAAUGCUUCACGCAUACAGUGCCUCUAGUUGAGGGUCUUCUUUCGUGCAACCAUUCUACUGAUGGUCAUAAUGGGUACUGCGUCAUUUGUGCUUUCCGCUACCAGAUGCAACAUUCCUUGCAGUCUACUGGAACUGUUAUCUCACCUGUGAUACUUGUGGAUAAUUUGAAGCAUUUUUCUUCUAUGUUUAGAAGACAUCAACAAGAGGAUGCACACGAAUUUAUGCAGUGUGCAUUGGAUAAACUCGAUUCAUGUUUUUUAAGCUUGAAGAAGAAUGAUCCAAGUUUUGAGGGUGAGAAUAUUGUGAACAAAGUUUUUGGAGGAAGUCUGGUCAGCAAGCUCCGAUGUUGUACCUGUGGCCGCUCCUCUGACACUAAGGAACCAUUGAUUGACUUGAGUUUAGAAAUAGACAAUGUAGAUUCUUUGUCAAGUGCUUUAGAAUCUUUCACUAUGGUGGAAAACAUUGAUGAAAAGCUUAAAUGUGAGGGCUGCAAUGAAGAAGUUUCUAUGGAGAAACAGCUUAUGUUGAAUCAGACCCCUUCUAUUGCUGCAUUUCAUUUAAAGAGGUUUAAGACAGAUGGGAUUUUUGUUGAAAAGAUUGACAAGCAUAUCGAUUUCCCUUUGGAGCUGGACUUGCAGCCUUACACCAUUUUGAAUGAAAACAAUAAUGUACCAUUGAAAUAUGAUCUAUAUGCAGUUGUUGUGCAUAUUGGAUAUUCAUCUAACUCGGGGCAUUAUUUCUGCUUUGUUCGCACUGCUCCAGACACAUGGCAUAAGUUGGAUGAUUCAAAGGUUACCAAGGUAUCAGAAAAGACUGUGCUGUCUCAGGAAGCAUACAUAUUGUUUUAUGCACAGCAAAAUACUCCUUGGUUUUCAGAGUUUGCAGAAUCUACAAUUCCAUCCCUGGAUUUUAGUACGAUGAAUACAUCUCCCAAGUCUGUUUUAGACAUCACUGAUGGCCAGGAUAAGUCAUCUCCUGUUUCAAAUGAAAAUGUUGAAGUGAAUGAGGCUGAGGACUCCAAAAAUUUUUCUGAAAAGAAGUUGGAUUAUUCUAGUCGGCAAUGUCGUGAGUUGCUUAAAAUUGAUGACAUCGUUGAUGCUUCUCCUCGCCGUGAACAAAUUCCUGCUGGACCAUCAAAUCAGAAAACUCUUAAUGUGAAAAGAUUGGAAGAUAUCACCUCCAAAGCACUGCCUCUGAAUAGUGUCAGCUUGACUAGUACUGCAAAGGCUGGUGGGAGUUCAUAUGUUGAUAAAAGUGCUCAUAAAAACAAAUCUAGUCAGAGUGUUCUAGAUUUGGAAGAGGAUGAUAUUUUCAAUUCUAUUACUCCUCCCAACACACCCCCUUCUCAGACUCCAGGUAAGAGUUUCCAGAUCUCACGCGAUCACGUGAAGACAGAGAAUCAAGGGAGCAGUAAAAAAUCAUCAUCAAGUAAGUCAAAUAAGUCAUCCAAUAGUCCUGGAAAAAAAGAGGCUAUCUCUUAUCUUAGGAAGAUGCCUGGUUCAAGGAGAGGUGUAUUUAUGGGCUUACUUAAUGCUAGUCAAAACAAGACUUCCCCAGAUAACAAGAGAAAACACACUGAUUCAUCGCUGUCUGACAAAGGAAACAACAGCGCUCGCAAGAAAUCAAGCCAUGCUUCUGAUGGCGGCUACUCUGCGGCAGCUAGAGUUUCACAAUAAAUAGUCCUUGGCUUUAGGCAUUAUGUACUUGAUUUUUUUUAGUGAAAAAUACCUUUAUCUGUGGUCUUAUUGCUAAAAGUUGUCAACACCUUUGCCAAAUUGUAUAGUCACUACACAACAACCCUUGUUCCUAUUCUGCAAAGAACAUAUACAUAAUGUAAUUGUGGACAAGGAUGUUUUGGUAUAUUAGAAAUGACAGCAUUGAUGA